AUGGCGCCAGCGCCCUUCACGGCCUCGGUGCCGGGGCCAGGCGGCUCUCUCGGGGGCCCUGCCCCGGCCUUCGUCCCCAUCCUGCAGCAGCACUUCGAGCAAGCUCCGGACGGCCAGUACCGCUGGAGCUACGCCGCUGCCGACGGGACGGCCCAGGAGGCUGUGGGCGAGCUGACGGCGUCCAGAGCCAUAGCGGUGCAGGGCAGCUACUCGUACCCCAGUCCGGAGGGGCAGGUGCAAGUCAAGUACGUGGCGGACGAGUACGGAUUCCAGCCGACAGGCGCGCACAUCCACCCUGCCAUCCUCGAGGCGGUGCGGAGACAGGUGGAGCAGGCCCGGGCUGAGCCCCCCAACCUUUACAACGACGCCGGGUUCCCCGCUGGCCAGGGAGGGCAGCAAGGCCUGGCGGUGGGUCCACCACUGCCUCUGCCGCCACCACUGCCCAACGCCAUCGCACCACAAGCCCUCGGUGCGCUAGCAUCCGCCCCUUCAGGGUCUGCGCUGCUCUAGGAUUGUGUGCGCUAUUCUGUUUGUUUUUCUAUCAGAUUGAUUGUUGCCCUAACGCGACUCUGUUGUUAAUUUGUUUUAAUGAUAAUAAACAAAAACGAGAAUGAAGAGUGAACUUGCUACUACUGUGUUGUGUUAAUUUUCUUUCUUCCUAAUCAGAAUUAAGAACAUAAUUGAUCAACAAUUAAUAAAUAUAUUUUCU